CUGGCUGGUCCAAUUUCUGUUUUGACCUCAGACUUCCCGGCUCCUGUCAAAGACAUGAUGUCCCACGCUUCAAGAUCGACCGCCACUAGACACGCUGAAGCUAAGAAGGCCGGUAAAGUUCUUAGACCAUACAAUCGGUUCAUGAUGUACCGCGCAGCCUAUGCUGAUCGUACUAAGCAGUUCGCCGCUAGUGAUAGUCAUCGGGAUGUCUCUCGUAUUCUUGGGGUUUCUUGGAGACUCGAGUCUGAAGACGUUGUUGAGCACUUCAACAAGUGUUCAAUCCUGGAUUCUGAGAACCAUCAAAAGGCCUUCCCUGGUUACAAGUAUGCUCCC